GAAGGAUGAGCGCGGUCGCCCCCGGGGCGUCGCGUCGCGCGUCCGCGCCGUCGCUGACGCCGCGCGUGUUCGCGAUGAAGCCCAUCGGGCGCUCGCCCGCGUUCUACGCCCCGAAGAUCGCGGACGGCGACGCGUCGAAAUCGUCAUCGUCGAAAUCGCUCAAGUCGCGGUCGCGAGGCCCGGUCGUCGCGCGUCUGUUCGGCAACGGCGACGCGAAGGCGAAGAUCGCGGAGCUCGAGUACCAGCUCGAGACGGAGCGCGCACACAGCAGCGAACUCGGCGGGAAACUGAGGGACGCGACCGCGAGGGCGGAGGACGCGGAGGGACGGUUAGAGAUGUACCGAGGACGAUUGAAGGAGGCGGAGAAGGAUGUGUUCAAGCUCGAGGCGCAGAUCGAGCAGACGCAGAAAGGGUUCGACGCCGGGAUGGCGGUCGCGAAGCGGCAGAUCAAGCUUCUGGAGGGGAUGCUCGAGGAAGAGAAGAAGAAGAACAAGUAGUGUAGCCCCGAGGCGCGGCGCGGCGCGGCGCGGCGCGGCGCGGAAAAUAAUUAAUUAAGUUAGCUUGGUCCGUCUCAGUUCGCGCGCCGUCACCCGCCGCCGCGCCGCCGCGCCGCCGUCGUCAGCACCGCCAACGACGCGUGCAGCAGCCUCUUCCGCUCGACGCGGUACCACGUCGCGGCCUCGGUCCGACACGACCUCGACGCGCCGCCGCCGGCCAACAGCGCGAGGUCCUCGUCUAAGGUCGUGGGCGCGCCCGCGAGCGCGCGCUCGACGGCGUCGGCGGCGGCGACGACGCGCGCGUCCCCGUUCGCGGCGGCGGCUCUCGCGCUACGUUUCAGCGCGCGGCGCGCGGCGACGGCGUACGCGACCGCGUCGGCGUCGCUCCCGACGCGCGCGGCGUCGCCCGCGGCUUUCGAGACGGCGUCGACGCGGUCGUCGCCGCCGUCCUCGGGGGGCUCUAUGGCGUCGAGGACGGAGACGUCCCCGCCGCCGCCGCCGCCGCCGCCGCCGCCGCCGCCGCCGCCGUCCCCCAGCGGCACCACCUCGUUCGGGUUCCUCGGCACCGCGAACCCGUAGUUCAUCAUCAACUCCGCGUUCGUGAGCUCCUCGCCGUAGGAUAUGAACAGCUCCUCGCCCGCGCGGACGCCGCCGCCGCCGCG